GUGUGUGGAAGUGAUGGCAGAAGUUACAAAAAUGAAUGUUAUCUGAAGAAACAAGCUUGUGAGAUGCAACAAAACAUUCACAUUAAAUUUCAGGGGCCAUGCGGUAAACAACUAAUAAUAUUUUUUGAAACGCUGCUGCAAUAUAUUGUUGCUUUGCAUUAUUUUAUAAUUUUAAACAUUUUUUCAUCAGCAGUAACUUUUAACAUUCAUGCAGAUCCAUGUGAGAAUGUAAAAUGUCACUAUGGAUCAUCAUGUGUCGCUGGUUCAUGUCGAUGUCAGUUUGCUUGUUCCGAUGACGAAGAUGAUGGUAAGAAAGUGUGUGGAAGUGAUGGCAGAAGUUACAAAAAUGAAUGUUAUCUGAAGAAACAAGCUUGUGAGAUGCAACAAAACAUUCACAUUAAAUUUCAGGGACCAUGCGAUCCAUGUGAGAAUGUGAAAUGUCACUAUGGAUCAUCAUGUGUCGCUGGUUUAUGUCAAUGUCAGUUAGUUUGUUCCGAUGACGAUAGUAAGAAAGUGUGUGGAAGUGAUGGCAGAAGUUACAAAAAUGAAUGUUAUCUGAAGAAACAAGCUUGUGAGAUGCAACAAAACAUUCACAUUAAAUUUCAGGGGCCAUGCGAAGUGACAUGUUCGUUUGGAUCCACAUGUAUUGUCGAAAUUGCUAGAUUGACGUCUUGCCAAUGUUUUUUCAAUUGUUUCGACGCCAGCAAUAGUUCGAAACAAGUUUGUGGAAGCGACGGCAAAAGUUAUAACAAUGAAUGUGAACUGAGAAAGCAUGUUUGUGAAGAACAAGUGGACAUUUUUGUUAAAUCAUUUGGACCUUGUGGUUUGUGCAAUGCAUGUGAGAAGAAAAUUUGCUACCACGGUUCUGUGUGUGUGACUGGCUUGAACGGUUCAGCCGAAUGUCAGUGCUCCUUCAAUUGUCUUCAUGAUAGGGACGAUAUGAAAAUUUGUGGAAGUGAUGGCAGAAGCUAUAAAAAUGAAUGUGAGCUAAAAAAACAUGCUUGUGAGAUGAAGAAAGAUUUGUAUGUUUACGCAUCAGGACCAUGUGAUCCAUGCGAAAAUGUCGUGUGUCAUCACGGUGCAGUAUGUAAGAAUGCAUCAUGUCACUGUACAUUUGAUUGUCCGGAUGAUAACAAUGAAAGUAAAAUUGUCUGUGGAAGCGAUGGUCGAACUUACAAAAAUGAAUGUCAGCUAAAGAGAUUGGCUUGUGAAAACAAAAGAAAUAUAUCUCUCCGUUAUAAUGAUCAUUGUGACAAGUGUCUAGGAGUGGUGUGUUACUAUGGAGCAGUGUGCAAGGAUGGCAAGUGUCAAUGUGUCGACCAGUGCGAUCAUUCAAACGAUCUUCUCUCCACUAUUUUAUUUUGCGAUAGAUCCAGUGGGAUAACGUACACGCGAUGUACACUGAAACAUGCUGAAUGUUUGAAAGGAAGUCACAUUGAUGUUGAUGAUGGACCGUGUCAAACGUAUUCUCCCAUCACAACAUCGGCAGUCGUCAGCACCAGCCGCCCAGAUACCACCUCAACCACUGCAGCUCUUAUCACUACCACCACUAGAAGCGAAGGCAGUGGCAGUGGUAAAGGUGAUUGCUCGAAAGAGACAUGCAAAUUCGGUGGAAAAUGUGGAGUGAACAAGGAAGGGAAAUAUUCAUGCAUUUGUCAAUUCAACUGUGGCGCUCUGAGAUCACCAGUUUGCGGUUCAGACAGACAAACGUAUGCAAACGAAUGUGAAAUGAGGGAGUAUUCUUGUAUUAAGCAAGUUUUUCUGUACGUUGAAAGAGACGGAAACUGCGCGGGACAAGCAGCAGAUUACAACUGCAUGACGAGUACGUACGGCUGUUGCUCAGAUGGGUCCACACUGGCUGCCGGGCCCGACCAAUUGGGCUGUCCCGGUAAAUGCAACUGCAACAAACUUGGAUCAUACAAUGCUUCUUGUCAGCCGGUGACCCUUCAAUGUUUCUGUAGACCACAUGUCGUUGGAGUUCAGUGUGACCGAUGCAAUGCAAAUUACUGGGGGAUGCACAACAUUCAGCAUUCUAAUGAAGGAUGUCUUCCGUGCCACUGCAAUCAGUAUGGUUCCAAACGAUUGGAUUGCGAUCAGAACAGUGGGCAGUGCUUGUGUUUGAAUGGAGUUAUGGGUCACAAGUGCGACAUAUGUUCUAACGGAAAGAAACUCAGCCAAUAUGGAUGCGUUGGUAAACAAGUUUCAAGUCGAUUUUUUGAUGUACACUGCAAGUUUGGUGCCAGGUGUCAUGUUGGGGUGCACGGACCUGAAUGCGUGUGUGAUGACAACUGCGCCCCUGAUGAUAAAUAUGGCUAUGGAGGAGUCUGUGGUUCAGAUAAUCAUUGGUAUGCGUCGAAAUGUAGGUUGGAGAUGGCAGCGUGCCGUAAACAGAUUGACAUCAGAGUCCUUUACAACGGGCCGUGUGAUGGUUAG